AUGAUUCUCUCACGGCGAUCGGUCCUCUUCCUUGGCUUCUUUUUCUUCCUCGGCUUCUACCUCACAGCCCGAAGCCUCUCGCAUUCAUGGCGUAAUGCUUCCCAAGUCGUGGGACUAGGCGAAUACUAUGCCGCUUACCCAUUUUCCAAUACCAAUACGAGCUGGACGGGGACGUUCAAUCACAGUGCCUCUGACGAGAAAACCCUCUACGCACCCCCACCGAACUUUAUUCCUGGGAUCCCCAAGCCUUUAGGCUCGGCGUAUUCGAAAGUGUUGGUGGUUCCACGACGAAAAAGGAGGAUGGCACCUCUUCACCCCCCGAAGAAUAAGGGCCACGAGGUCAUGAUCUACCUUUCCUAUUGUAUCGACUUCUACGACGAACUACCUGAUGUCGCGGUGUUCAUUCACUCGCACCAAGAGGCCUGGCACAACGAGGAAAUCUUUAACGGAGACACCGCGGAGAUCCUUCGCAGUCUCAGCCUGGAUCGUGUCAUCAGAGAAGGAUAUAUGAACACCCGCUGCGCUCAUGGUCCUGGCUGCCCCGAUUGGAUGCAUCCCGGUGCUGUUGUAGAGGAUGAGUCCAAGCAGGAAGAAGUCAUGCUGGCCCGCGCCUGGGGCGAACUAUUCCCCGACGAGCCGGUCCCGUCGGUUCUAGCCCAGCCGUGCUGUGCGCAGUUCGCCGUAUCUGGUGAUCGUAUUCGCACUAUCCCGCGUUCCCGAUUCAUAUUUUAUCGCGACUGGCUCCUGCAGACGGACCUCAGCGAUUAUAUCGCCGGUCGUAUCUGGGAAUACCUCUGGCAGUACGUGUUCACCGGUCAGCCCGUGGUCUGCGUGGAAGAAAGUGUUUGUCUCUGUGACGGCUACGGGUUCUGCUUCGGUGGCCCGGCAGAGCUCCAGAAAUGGAGAGCGUUGGACGAAGAGAAAAAAGAUAUGCAGAAAGAGCUCGAGGAUUGGAUCUUUUGGGAAGACGAUACUUCAUUUGCUGAGGCCAGCGGCGAACUCGAUGAGACCCAGGACCUGCAAGUCCCUCCCGCCUGGUCGCAAGAGUCAACUCCAGGAUGCGGUGAUGGAAAAAGAGACUCAAGUCUCACAGAUGCUCGCUGA